AGAUAAAUAUGCUCAAACCUUAAUUGAUUUUAUGGGUUGAGCAGUACACCUUCAAAGACAAAAUCUUGAAAGUUAUAAAAGAAUUUUGGAACAACACUCAAAACUAUUUUUAAUAAAAUAGGAAAAAAAUUAGAUUUUCAAUCAGGAGAAAAUAAACUAUCUAUAAAUAGUGA